CGGGAAGAGCGGCCGAACCACGCAGAGUAGCCGCCCCGCGGCCCGGACUGCCUGAACGAUGGCGCCCCGCGGCUGCCACACGGACUGCGUGGAGCGGCCCCUGUCGCGCGCGCUCCGCCGCUUCGGCGCCUUGGUGGGCGCGCACCCGUGGCCCUUCCUGCUGGCGCCCGUGGCGCUCACCGUCGGGCUGGGCACGGGCUUCGUGAUGCUGCGCAGCCGCGAGGCCAACGACAUCGAGGGCCAGUACACGCCCGUCGGGGGCCCCGCCAAGGCGGAGCGUUGCUUUAUCCGGACGCACUUCCCGACGGACGACGCGCGGCGCUUCUCCCCGCAGAGGCUGAGCACCGAGGGCUCCUUCGCCUCCUUCAUUGCCGUCGCCUCCGCCUCCGGAGGGAGCGACUCGGUGCUCACCAAGGCGGCCUUCACGGAGCUGCUGGAGCUGGACUCGGCGGUGCGGGCCAUGACCGCCGGCGAGCGAAACUUCGCGGACCUCUGCGCGCGCUGGAACAACACUUGCCUGAGCCCCAACCCGCUGAUCGCCGUCGAGGGCGACGCGGCCGCCAUAGAGACGCUGCUGCCCGCGCUCACCUUCCCGCUCUACCAGAGCCACGUGUUCCUGGGCUACUUCCUGGGCGACGUCGUGCUGGGCCCGGGAAAUGGCACGGCGCGCCCCGUCCGGGCAGCCCGGGCGAUGCGCCUCUUCUACUUCUUCCAGGAGGAUGGAGCUUCGCAGCGACAGGCCAGCAAGGUCUGGAUCGAGACCUUUCUGGAGCGCAUCCCCGUCGUGCUGGGCACUAUGAACCUCCAUUUCACCCGGGUGACCUAUUUUUCCUCAGAAUCCAGACAGAAAGAAUUUGGAAAAAUUACCAAGCGAGUGAUCCCAUUAGUCUCUGUCACAUAUUUUUUAACAAUAUUCUUUUCCAUUGUAUCAUGUGCAAGGAUGGAUUGUGUACGGACAAAAAUUUGGAUUGCAAUUUUUGGGGUGAUGUCAGCAGGAUUAUCUGUUGUCAGCAGCUUUGGAUUACUGCUGUUUUGUGGGGUGCCAUUUGUUAUCACAGCCGCAAAUUCACCCUUUCUCAUACUUGGGGUUGGUGUUGAUGACAUGUUCAUCCUGGUGUCCUGCUGGCAGCAGACGAAAGUGAAGAAGGGAGUCAUAGAACGGAUGGCUGACACCUAUGCAAAGGCAGCUGUCUCCGUUACCAUCACAACACUUACUGACGUUUUAGCCUUCUACAUUGGAGUUGAAAGUUCCCUUGUGUCUAUUCAGUCAUUUUGUUUGUACACAGGCACAGCCUUUGUGUUCUGCUAUAUCUACAACCUGACUUUCCUUGGGGCAGUUCUUGCUCUUAAUGGCCGAAGGGAAGAGAGCAACAAGCAUUGGCUCACGUUCAAGAAAGUGAUGGAUAAGCCUCAGGAUUCGAAGAGCCCUAUGUAUAACAGGUGCUGUAUAGGAGGGGCUUUCGAUGAGUCCACUGGAACAGAGACUGAACAUCCCAUGUAUGGCUUCUUUAAAAAUCACUAUGCCCCCUUCCUGGUGCACACCAGGACCAAGUUGUCUGUGGUAGUCCUGUAUCUGGCAUACCUGGUUAGUAGUGUUUACGGGUGCAGUCAACUUAAAGAAGGUAUAAAUGUUCGACACCUAGCUGUAGAUCGUUCUUAUGUCGUUGCGUAUUACGACUCAGAAGAAAAACAUUUUACUGAGUAUGGCCCAAGGCUCAUGGUUGCUGUUACAGAAAGCAUACCAUAUUGGAAUUCAUCUGUCCGUGCAGGUCUUGAGAACUGCAUGCAGUUGUUUGAAGAGUCCUCCUAUGUGGAUAAGAGAUUAUCGGAGUCAUGGCUGAGAACUUAUGAAAUGGUUGCAAAAGGCGCAGCUUUCAAUUUAGAUGACCGUACGUCAUUUAUGACUAACUUAAAGACUCUUUUCCAAGCAAAUCCAGAGUACGAGUUGGAUGUUAAUAUUAGUGCUACUGAAAUAGUUGCAUCACGGUUUUUCAUACAAACCGUCAAUGUUACUACUGCAGUACAUGAGAAAAAUCUUUUAAACCAAAUGAGACAACUUGCUGAGGACUGUGAGACGCCACUAUUGGUUUAUCAUCCAGCUUUUAUAUAUUUUGAUCAAUUUGCUGUAAUAAUGGAAUACACCAUUCAAAAUGUUUUGAUUGCUGCUGGUGCCAUGUUAGUAACUUCCUUGCUGCUCAUCCCCAAUCCUCUCUGCUCUCUGUGGGUAACAUUUACUAUUGUAUCUGUUUUUGUCGGUGUUACUGGUUUCAUGGCCCUCUGGAAUGUGAAUCUUGACUCCAUAUCUAUGAUCAACCUUGUCAUCUGCAUAGGGUUUUCAGUAGACUUCUCUGCUCAUAUUUCGUAUGCCUUUGUUUCCAGUGAGAAACCCAAAGUGAACGACAAGGCAGUGGAAGCUCUCUACCGCCUUGGUUUCCCUAUCCUACAGGCCGCUGUUUCCACCAUUGUGGGCAUCCUUGUGCUGCCCAUGUCAUCCACUUACGUCUUUAGAACCUUUUUUAAGAUAAUGUUUCUAGUUAUUUUUUUCGGGUCUCUUCACGGUCUCGUUUUUAUUCCUGUAUUUUUAACAUUCUUUGGGUUUUGUGGUGAAGUUUCAAACAAAGAGGACCAAAACGAUAGCAAGGGCGUUGAAAAUUCACCCAAUGUUUAAGGAAAACAUUGUCCAUAUGGAAACAAGAUUGAGGAACUAGAAGGAAAUGUUAUGGGGAAACUGAGGUUUUAGAAUGAAAAAUGGAACUAGUGAUUGUGAACAUGGAAGGAAAAACCAUAAUCAAUCUAUAUUGCCUGUAAAUAGCUUGGUAAAUCGUAGGAAUAUGUUCAGUUGUUCCUUAUGUUCCGUAGCUAUCUAAUCUUCCUAUUUAUGUUAUGUAAAUACACCCCUUGGCGUAAAAUUUUCACUUGAAAGGUGUUGU